AUGGAUGAAAGGAAAGGAAAGGAAAAGGAAGGGUUCGUACCCAAGAAACGACAAGAAGCAGCCAAGCAACGCAAAGCAACGCAAAGCAGACAAGUCCAUAGCAUGCCUGCCGAGCAGCAGCAGCAGCGAGAAGACGGGUACAGUAGCGUUGGUGUUCCCCCUUCUGAGGCCUUUGAAGGCUUGGCGAAAUCUUAUCACGGGUGGGUGCCGAGAAACGCCAAGGCCUGGAUUGCACCGAAACACGUCCACGUUGACCGCUCUUACGAGGGCCAGUGCUCAUCAUAG